UUCUUCUGUCUUUCGGACGAAAGCGCAGCGUAUAGAAAGGGAAAAGAAGAUAAUAUGGUGGUAGUUUAAGAUAAUGGUAAUCUAUGGCCCAAGUUUAUCGGUGUACUGUGGGUCGUGGGUACGAGAUGGUGAGAGCAAUUGGCAAGAUAGGUGCAGCCCUCAGAAAUUGAGUGGGUCUGGGAGAAGAAGCAUCACCUGCAAAUUCGAGAGUGUGAGACUCAGUAGAGCAUGCAGUGUGGCACUGACUACCUUGCUCACAACCGCUGCGGUGAUAGCUUCUGUGGCAGCAGCUGAUGAACCCGAGACUCUAUCCAACAUACCCCAGACUUUGUCCGGUGAGUGCACGUUGCCCAAAGAUUGCAAGAAAGCUAGAAUACAGAAACCAAAGUCAAGGAAAGCGGAAUCAUGCACAAUCAAGUGUGUCACCACUUGCAUCAGAGGUGGAGAUGGCUCUCCUGGGGAAGGCCCUUUUAACGUGAUAAGACCUCUGGUUGUUUUCAAGCAAGGGUUUCGAACUCGUCAAUACUGAUUUGAAGACCAUUGAUUGUAGUGAGUGGUGAAAUCCUUCUCUAAGUGUUUCAUCCAAGUCCAUACCAGAAACAAUGCAUCCUCCAUCAGUCUGUUUGCAUUGAAACUGCUAUUAGAGAAAACUAUAUCAUUUCUGUGCUUCCAUAUGGUCCAAGUCAGUGCUAUCCACCACCCUUUCCAUCUAGACGCAGCCAAUCCUUCAGUGAUAUAAGACAUAUGGUCCAAGUCAGUGCUAUCCACCACCAUUUCUGUGCCGUUUUUAUGAUUUGUUGGUGGUGUGUGCAUUGUAACUCUUUCGGGCUAGUUGGGGCAUGUCUUGUGACCCUUCCACCUUGUUUUUAUUAUCAAUAUAUAUGUUAUUUGCCUACAAAAAAAAAUGAUUUUUUCAUAUGCUAUAAAAAAAUCAAUCUUUCUCUAGACUUGUUAUUAAGCAACAUGCAAACUAAAUAUUUUAU